AAGCCUUUCCUUUAUCCUAAAGAAAAAGAAAAAAAAACGACCCAAUGCUUCAGGUAAACACCACGCAAUUUUCGCAUCCGAGAUGCGAGCGAGCAGUUUUUGAGGCCAGCGAGCGUCGGGGAGGUUUCGACGGCGAGCUGGCGGCAGCAGGUGGUGGACUCGGAUGCAUGCGGCACUAGGGAUGGCCCGUUGGCCGGAGGCAGCACCGAGGCUCGUGGCGCUGCAGGAGGUUUCGCGGCGGGUUGCGGCCUCGACGGCCGGCGACCGUGUCGUCGCGACCUACCUCCAUGGCUCCAUUCCCCUCCCCCUUCGUUGUGCGUGGCUAUGGCCCGGCCCCCUCUAAUUGGAGAGAGGCUCGCGAUCCCGCAUCAACGACUGCUGUGGAGCCCCGACAAGGCGGAGGUUGUCUCUGUUAACUCUCCAGCGGCCUCACCAUUGUCUUCGUCUACCUAAGAUGUACGGUAGCAACAAAUCCCGGUGGUUCAGGAAAGAGGGCCUUGAACAAAACCUGGUAGAUUCAGAAGAGAAGAGUUGAAAACAUACUAUUUUUUACUGUUUACUAUACUUUAAGUUCCCUAGGAAUUAGGAUGGUCCGCAUCUGAAUUGGUAUAUCAAGCUAUAGCAAGAGAUUUCAAUUCUUGAAUCAUCACGGCUAUGGAGUACUAAUAUUAGGAUUUAGGAGUAUUGUCGUAUUAUUGGUGGACAAGAUCCUGUGAUCCUGUCUACUGCUAACCUGAUAGAACAAGGCUACGAGACAUAGGGUAAUUUUGUGUUUGACACUGAGCAGGAUUCAUAUGUGUUCCGCAACACAUUUCCAAGUGAAAAGGUUUUAUAUUCGUUCCAUUGCAACUGUUGCACACUAGCAGUUUGCCUUAAUAUGUGUGAGAGAACUAAAAGCUGAUGAUAUGUUGUAGUGUUGUUUGUAUUCAUGUUGUAGAUUCAUGUGGCCUGACGGCCUGAGAUGAGCUCAAACCUGAAUCUAGCGAGCCCUUUUCAAUUCAGGAGUACAGAGUCAAAGGAAUUGGCUCACUGAUGCACAGAGAUAUGCCGCUUACAUGUCCUUGGAAACCCUCCAUAAGAGUAGAGGAGGCAGGUUUAAGAGAAGUGAUAAGAAGGAGGUGGUUGCACUAUUUGGAGCACAUGUUCGAGUUAUUCAAAGAAUAUGGGAGACGGCAAUGAUACAGAAAGGCCUUGGUCAGGAGGUGGAUGUUUCAAACAAAAGAAAGGGAAAUUGUGGGAGGAAACCUUAUGAUGAUAUCCUAUCUCUCAUUCCCACAAUUCCCUUAAACAAGAGGUCAACUAUUCGAUCACUAGCCAAGGCACUCGGUGUAAGCCCUACUACACUAUACAAGAAGUUCAAGCUGAAAAAGAUAAGGAGACACUCCAACAGUGUAAAACCGUUACUGACAGAGAAACAUAAGAGAGAUAGGGUGGAGUUUUGCCUCUCCAUGCUAGAUGAGGCAACAUUAGGAGAUGUAAGCCCAAGUUUCAGGAGUAUGCACAAUAUUGUGCACAUUGAUGAGAAAUGGUUCUGCAUGACAAAGAAAAAAAGAAACUACUAUCUGCUACCUGAUGAAGAGGACCCGGAGAGACCUGUUAAAAACUCUAUUGGGAAAGUGAUGUUUCUCACAGCAGUAGCAAGACCACGGUUUGAUGAAGAUGGAAACAUGACAUUUUCCGGGAAAAUUGGGGUUUGGCCAUUCGUGAGAGUGACUGCAGCAGCAAAAAGAAGCAAGAAUAGGGAAAAGGGGACAUUGGAAACAAAGUCUAUCAUAGUGACGAGGGAAGUGAUGAGAGAGUACAUUAUACAAAAGGUUGUACCAGCAAUUCAAGCAUUGUGGCCUCAAGAUGAUGCUGGACAGCCCAUUUUUAUCCAGCAAGAUGAUUAUGUACUCCAACUUAUAUUUAUUGUUGCCACACACUAUAUAUUGUGCUAUAUAUUGCUAUGUAGUCCAGCUUAUACUUGGAGUUCAAAACAAAAUCAUACUGGAGCUCAAAAACAGAGAAGCUCUUCUUGAGAUGACCAAUUGAUUCAGUGUACAAGCAUUGGUACUUCGGUAGGAUUGUGCUUGUAA